AUGGAAAAGAAGAAAUUAAUAAAUGCAUUAUUGUCUUGUGGGCUUAGCCUUCUAUUAGUAGCGAGUGUAAUAGCUGUCAUUCCUCGGUAUAAACCAGAAGCAACAAACAAGAGCAGUGCAGAAACAAGUAGUAUGCAUUCAAUGCUAGAGACAGAGCAUACAACAAAGAAUGAAACAGAAAAUCUAGAAGACAUUGAGUCUUUACAGUCAACAAAGCCUCUAGAUGAAUCAGAUAUAAAUACUCCAUUGGGUGUGAAAAAAGAAGGUUUGGAUAUAGAAGACAUGGCCCAAAAUUCUAAUUUAAGUAUAAACACUAUGUUGGAUGCAGAAAAAAACACACAGCCAGAAGAAGAUAUAUUAUCUAGUAGCUCAGACAAAGAGGCCAAAGUAAAUACGCAAGAUAGACAAUCCAAAGCAGAAGAUAUAUCCUCUACUACCGGCUGUGCUAUAGAGCCAGAAAUUUCAAUCGAAAAGGAAUCAAACAUAAAGCCAAUAUCUAUAGAAUAUAAUGCUCCUGAUAUAGAUGUAGAACAAGAAAAUAAAGAAAUAAAAGAAACACCCGAUAUAGAGCAUAAUAAGAUAGAACAGAAUCCGAUAAUAAAAUAUCCGCAUGACUUGGCACCAGUGCCAGUGCGCAAUCCUAAAGAGGAGUUGAUAGAAAUGUUAGAGUGCAUAGUUAAAAGAAACCCAAGCCUAGCUCCAAAAACUCAAAAAAUUUAUAAUGACAUUUAUACUAUUAAUGCACUUCUCAUAAACAGAAACACAGUUGUAUUUGAAAAUUUUAGAUUAUCCAGUAUAAAUGUAGUAGAAAAAAUAACACUAUGGGAGGUGCUGCAGGCUUGCAAAGAAGGAAAGUCCAUAGACAUAGAUAUCAGCAGUUCAGACCCUAUUAAUCGAGUUACUUUUUUCUAUCCACAAAACCUGAUGGAUAUUCCAGCAGUUAUAUAUGCAAUGUUCACUUAUUAUAACCCGAACAAUAUGUCUAAUAUUUGUUUGCAUCUAUUACAGUUUGACUUUCAAUUUAGCAAAAAUAUAUUCAAUGAAUUUCAAAUAUUCAAAAUAGUAAGGAAGCUUAUAAUCUCUAGAACGGUCAUUCACACAAACACGCUUAACAUAUUAAAAGAUUUUAGUAACUUGAAAGAGCUUUCUCUUUCCAGAGGAACAAUUUUAAACUCUGACGUCACCGCGUCACUGCCAAAGAAUCUGGAAAGACUACUUUUAUUCGGCAUUGAUAAUGAUAUUGUAAACUGGGCACUUUCUGGAUUAAGCUCCUGCCAUAAUCUAUAUGAAAUGGAUAUUUCAAACAUUGAUUUCAUGGAUACAUAUGCUCUGAACAAUCUAAAAGAUUUUGGAAGUAUAGCUUUAUUUACACUCAGAAACAUAGUUUUCACUGGCUGCCCAAACUUCUCUUUCCUCGAAAAAAUGAGUAUGGUUAAAAAAUUAACUAUGCGGAAUAUUUUCUACUCAUACACAGAAGAGCUUAAAGUAAAAGACUUGAAUAGAAUUAAACAAAGCAUUAUGUACUUAAUCCCAGAAAACACAGAAAAUAGUGUGUUGGAUAAAUAUGCAGAUGUAGUAAAUAGGAACAAAGAAGUUGGUAGCCGUAUUUUUUUUACCAAUAUUGAUAUAGACAGUAAGCUAUACAGUGACCUAGAGCUGUAUAGAAUAGAACCUAGAGAGUGUGAACAGCAUACUAUUCGAAUUGAAUUUGUAAAUAACCUAGAUUGCUUCGGGUUAGAUUCAAUUGGAAUAGAAUUCAUUCUAAAUGAUUUACAAUGCAGGCUUGAUGUUAAUACUAUGCCGCAAACCACAGUGGUUACACAAGCCCUAUUACUUGAGAGCCUACAGAGCAUUAAAUUUCCAUUCUUGGAGAUAAAAACCAUUGACACAAUAGGUUUAAAGAACUCUCUUAAUAAUGUCUUCAAAGAAAGCGCGAUAAUGAACAUUCUUUCAGACCAAAUUAUGAAGUAUGCAAGAAAUAGCAGGAUAAAAACCUUAAUUAUGGUGUCCCUAGUGCCCUCAGUAACAAUAGAUCUGUAUAAGAUUGCUUUGUUUAACAGCAAUAUGCCAGAUCUUGUAAAUCUGAGCCUCUUCAAUGUUGGUUUUGAUCCAGGCAGUAUAGAAUAUAAAAACAGCAAUGAAACAAGUAAUAUGGAAUACUAUAAAAAGUAUAUACAAAAAAAUCCAAAUAGCAAGUUUUAUUCAUUUAUCAAAGAAGAAAAUAUUCUUAAAUUUGCUUAAUUUCUAUAUUAAAACCAAUUAAAGCAGAUAAAUACUACGGUUCAUGUUUUUAGCCAAGACUAAAAAGUCUUAUUUAUGGUCUAUUAUCCAACCUAUAUUAUAC